CGAAGAUGGCGGUCGUGGAAGAGAGAGUGGAUGCGGGUGUUGGAGCUCUGGAGUGUGGAUCUAUUUCCCCGCGACUAUCCACUCCGCCCCCGGACCACGCUCACCAGAACAACCCGCUCCUGGGGCUCCCUAUCGUGGUCAUCGACACCAUUCUAAAUUGCCUCACUUACGAUGAAAUCAGUUUUCUCCGCCUGGUGUGUAAGCGGAUGGACGUGAUCUGCCAGCGAAUGCUAAACCAAGGGUUCCUGAGGGUGGAGCGGUACCACAGCCUCUGCCAGAAACAGGUCAAAGCACAGCUGCCCAGACGAGAGUCAGAGAGAAGAAACCACUCGCUUGCACGCCAUGCAGACAUCCUGGCAGCUGUAGAAACACGCCUGUCCUUGCUCAACAUGACAUUCAUGAAAUAUGUGGACUCUAACCUGUGCUGCUUUAUCCCUGGAAAGGUGAUAGAUGAAAUUUACCGGGUGUUGCGCUACGUGAACUCCACGCGGGCCCCCCAGAGAGCUCACGAAGUCCUGCAGGAGCUGCGGGAUAUCUCCUCCAUGGCCAUGGAGUACUUUGACGAGAAGAUUGUCCCCAUCCUCAAAAAGAAGCUCCCUGGGGCUGACAUGUCUGGCCGGCUGAUUGGCUCUCCUCCAGUACCAGGCCCCUCCUCCUCCCUGACCACAAUGUCUCUUUUGGCCAAGAACACACCAUCGCGGUCAGAGAUGACGAAGCUGCAGCAGCAGGUGAAGGUGAACGGGGCAGCUGUGACGGCGUUGCGGCGUGAGAUCUCAGAGAUGAGGGUCAAGCAGCUGGAGCAGCAGAAGCAGCUGCAGGACCAGGAGCAGAAGCUGCUGGAGCAGACCCAGGUGAUUGGAGAGCAGAACGCACGGCUGGCAGAGCUGGAGCGCAAACUGCGUGAACUGAUGGACAGUGCAGUGGGAGACAGCCCUGCCGGGACCAGCCUGGAGACACCUUGCAAGCGCAGCAGGAAGGCAGCGGACAGCCCCCGGCAAUCCAAACGCCUACGGAGCAAAAAAUAAAAGGGGGGGAAAGAUUCCACGGCAAGGCAGUAGCCAGCCGCCCCUCCAGCCACACACACACACGCACACACACACACCAACCCUUUCCCUCUCCCCUUCCUUGACCACUCCAACACUCUCUAGGUUUUGCCCGGCCAUCCAGGGAUUGGGACUGGUAGCCUACUAUAUAUAUUUUGAAUUGGUAAUAUGUUCUGGUUUGGGACAGAAUGGGCAAGCCUGCACAUUAAAAGAAAAAAGGUUAAGUCCUGCUGAAUGAAAUGAAAUUGCUAUCCAUAGAAAGUUCUGCUAGCUGGUGAAAGCUAUGUAAAGCUUUCUUUGAGGGGGAGGUUUAAAAUGGCAGAAGUGGUCCACAGUAAUUUGGAUUUGGUGGUUUGGCAUCGUACUGCAGGUAACUGUGUAGAAAGGUGGAAUGUUUAGGUUCUACUCAUGGAUUUUAUUGGUUAGCAGAUGAGUUAGCUGUAUUUUUUGUAGUUGCUUUUUUUUGUUGUUGCUUUUUUAAGGGAGAUUAAGAAAUGCAAUUUGCUAUAGAGAAGUGGCUCUGGUAGAUCAGAGCAGUUUAAUGAAUGCUCUGAAACCAGCAAUUUGAAUUGAAUUAAGCAAACUACUGAAUGGGUUAUCCCUAUUAAUUUGUACUUUUUUUCAAACUUAUUCAGUUUAAUUUCUUUUUUUUUUUUUUUUUGCUAGUUCUGUAUAUUAAGACAGACAUUUAUUAUUUAGAAGCCUCCUUUACUGUCUCCGUAAAACCUGCACCAAUUAGAAGAAAUCUAUUCUGUAAUCUCAAACUGUUGUUUUUUAAUCUCAUGUCUGUAGUAACCUGGCCUGUGUCCCAUACCCUGCUGCCUUGUAAGUUUACUGGAAGCCUAUGUAUAUUAAACUUUUCUUGAAUUAAUGUUCUGUAUUUGUGCAUUGGCACAAUGGGGCUCCAGCUAUACUUCUGUAUGCAGGGCAUUAUCAUAACAGUCCCAGUGUUCACAGGCUCUAAAAUGAGACCUUGAAUGAACACCAUCAGCACAAACUAAAACAAAAGUAUUUAUGUCAUAUAGGAGAAUGCUUGGAUGUUGUGACUUUACUAAUUAACAUCUGUAAGUACCAAGCGGAUACCAAAGCUUUUUAUGUUUUUAUCCACCCAUUCUGGUUAAAUAGUUUAGCUGUCUUUUUUUAUUUUUAUUUUUUAAAGGAUUAUCAGAUUUUUGUAACCCAUACUUUGAUCUAAAGUGGACUUGCAAUUGUGCCUCUACAAAGCUGUUUAGUGUAGUAGGGGUUGCUCAUACAUUAACCGUGCAUGUUAACGUGCAGAGCCAGAGCUAGAGGCUGCAGGCCAUGUUCUCCAAUGUCGUUUCGAUACAAAUAACUGAUUGAAAAAAACAAAACAAAAACGCUGUGCUCAAAAUAAAUCUAUAAUGUUAAUGUAGGGGCAGAUCGGCAUUCGUGAAACAGCACUGAUUUGAGUUUGCAAGUCAUACCUGUAAUCCAGGUAAUCUCCUGGGAUUAUUUAGAAGUGUUGUCUGGGGUCAUACUAUGGCGCUCUUGUUUACUGUGGUUUUAAGAUGGUAAAUUUUAUUAUCCAGCAUUGUAAAAAAAAAAAAAAAAAAAAAAAUUGUGUUGAAAUCCUUGUUUUAAAUUUAUUUUUACAAAGGCUAUGUCCAAUUUUCAGAUAAUGCAUCUUGUAAGACAUAUGAUGGAGUAGAGCAGCUGCAAAUUCAACCAAAUUUGUUGCCCAUCAGUGCCUGCUCCUGCUUUCAGCCCCUGCCCACAGAGCCAGUGAAAAUACUUCAGCUCACAGUUGCCCUCUUUAAGGUAUUUGUUUUUAGUUGCAUAGUUGUUCUACAGCUUUGCUGUUACCAAGCUCUUCUAACCUGUAUACAGCUACCAUUGGGCCAAACAGACACAUUGGUGAUUACCUCUGAUCAAACUAGUCUGCCUCAGCAAGCAAGCAGCUUGCUUUAAUUGUUUGGAAAGAAUUACAUUAGAUGUUGGAGGGCAAUAUGAGAUGUAGGGAAAUCUGUAAUUCUCCAAGGGCAAAUCAGAAUCCACAGAAUUCUGUUUGCAUUUGUUUGUUUUGGGAGAAGAAAACUAUGUUCAAAGUUUGCCCUUCAUUGUAUCUUGUUCUCAAGUUUGUCUGUUCUCCAAACUGAUUAGCCACCCCAGGUUCAACACUGCUAUGAUAGUGUUCCCACAGGCUGUUCUGUUAUUUUUUGUCUGUAACCACUUAUUACCAAAUUAAACAAAUGACCAGUUUUAAUAACUGAAAAGUGGUUGAUAAGCCUCCACGCUUUUCUUUUGGGUAGCAUUUGGUGUAUUUUUAGUUUGGGCCUUUUUUGGCAACAGUUGCGGUGGGUUGGAUUCAAAUGUUUUAAACAAUGGUCAGUCAAUUGGCAGGUGCUUCCUGAAAGACAAAAAUGUACCGUAGCCCACGCAUUGGAUUAGUGAACGAAACGUGGCUGAUUUGUGGAAGCACUGCAUUGGGUUGAAAUCAAAAGGUGGGGUGGGGUUGAUGCAUGGAGUUUAGUCCAUGAGGAAAUGUCAGAUAGGGUGAUUGUGACCUUGCAUAAAUUUAUUUAUUUUUAUUACACAGUUAAGUCCACUUUAAGUCAUCACUAUUGGUUCAGUAAGAUUGAAUAAUGCAACAUCUGUAGAGAUGUCCAAAAAGAUGUGUUUAAGUAAGCAUUGCAAUUAAGUUAUGAGCAACCACUAUUGUUCCAAGUAAAAUCCCAGUUAGAAAGGUGAACUGUAACCACGCUUUUUUUUUUUUUUUUUUUUUUUGCACAAUAAUUAACUUGUACUCUACAUACAUCCAGUUUAGAUUGUAAAUGUCUUUAGUAAGAUCAGUCAGGCUUUGUACCCUAUUUUGUUUAAGCAAAACCCUGUUGUCUUGUGUUCAUACAUUCUGCUUGUUAGGGAACAGUCACAGUUGGAAGAAUAGUUUUUUCAAUGACUGCAAGCCAUUUCUUCCUUCUCAAUUGUGGCAUGUUGGUAAUUGCAGUAACCAGUGAUAGCUGUAAGAGGACAAUAUAUAUAUAUACACACAUGUAAAGUGUGGCUGAACACAGGG